AUGGGCGACGCCACGUAUCGCCUUCGCCCGGAGGAGACCCGCGCCGGCUCGGGCUCCGGCUCCGCGGCCGCUGGAAGUGGCCAAGGCGGCGUCGACUUGUUCCUGGAGCGGCUGCUGCGCGCGAGCUGCCCGGACACACACACGCACACACACGUGGGGUGUCUGAGCCAUGAUGGCCCGCGCCCGGGGACGUGGCGGAGAGGCACGGGGCGGCGGGAUGGCGCAGCCCGAGUGAGCCGGGGUUUGCGCUCCCGCCCUCGGCCCCGCACUCCCGCCCCCUUCUCCCUACCCCCCGGGAUGGCCUUGGCGUUGCUCCGCCGGGCUCCGCUGCUGCUGCUGCUGCUGCUGCUGCGGCUGCGGCUGCUGCUGCUGCUGGUGGCGGGUGGCGCGGCGUUGGAGAUCGGUCGCUUCGAUCCGGAGCGUGGACGCGGGCCGGCACCGUGCCAGACGAUGGAGAUCCCCAUGUGCCGUGGCAUCGGUUAUAACCUCACCCGGAUGCCCAACCUGCUGGGCCACACGUCGCAGGGCGAGGCGGCCGCCGAGCUGGCUGAGUUCGCGCCACUCGUGCAGUACGGCUGCCACAGUCACCUGCGCUUCUUCCUCUGCUCGCUCUACGCGCCCAUGUGCACCGACCAGGUCUCCACGCCCAUCCCCGCCUGCCGGCCCAUGUGCGAGCAGGCGCGCCAACGCUGCGCCCCCAUCAUGGAACAGUUCAACUUCGGCUGGCCGGACUCGCUGGACUGCGCCCGGCUCCCCACGCGCAACGACCCGCACGCGCUCUGCAUGGAAGCCCCCGAGAACGCCACGGCCGGCCCCGCCGAACCCCACAAGGGCCUGGGGAUGUUACCUGUGGCUCCCCGACCCGCGAGACCCCCAGGAGACUCAUCCCCGGGCCCCAGCAACGGUGGCACCUGCGAGAACCCGGACAAGUUCCAAUACGUGGAAAAGAGCCGCUCGUGCGCCCCGCGCUGCGGGCCCGGCGUGGAGGUGUUCUGGUCACGGCGCGACAAGGACUUCGCGCUCGUCUGGAUGGCCGUGUGGUCGGCGCUGUGUUUCUUCUCCACCGCUUUCACCGUCUUCACCUUCCUGCUGGAGCCUCACCGAUUCCAGUACCCCGAGCGCCCCAUCAUCUUCCUCUCCAUGUGCUACAAUGUCUAUUCCCUGGCCUUCCUGAUCCGUGCCGUGGCAGGUGCACAGAGUGUGGCCUGCGACCAGGAGGCGGGGGCACUGUAUGUCAUCCAGGAGGGUCUGGAGAACACCGGCUGCACCCUGGUCUUCUUGUUGCUCUACUACUUUGGCAUGGCCAGUUCACUGUGGUGGGUGGUUUUGACCCUCACCUGGUUCCUGGCUGCCGGCAAGAAAUGGGGCCACGAAGCCAUUGAGGCGCACGGCAGCUACUUCCACUUGGCAGCCUGGGGCCUGCCAGCUCUCAAGACCAUCGUCGUUCUGACACUCCGAAAGGUAGCUGGGGACGAGCUGACUGGGCUGUGCUAUGUGGCCAGCAUGGAUGCCGCUGCCCUCACUGGCUUUGUGCUGGUACCCCUCUCCUGCUAUCUGGUACUGGGUACCAGCUUCCUCCUGACAGGCUUUGUGGCACUCUUCCACAUCCGCAAGAUCAUGAAGACGGGUGGCACCAACACGGAGAAGCUGGAGAAACUCAUGGUCAAGAUCGGAGUCUUCUCCAUCCUUUACACCGUGCCGGCCACUUGCGUCAUCGUCUGCUAUGUGUAUGAACGGCUCAACAUGGACUUCUGGCGCCUUCGGGCCACAGAGCAGCCAUGUGCAGCGGCCACUUUGCCCGGAGGCCGGAGAGACUGCUCGCUGCCAGGGGGUUCGGUGCCCACCGUGGCUGUCUUUAUGCUUAAAAUCUUCAUGUCAUUGGUGGUGGGCAUUACCAGUGGCGUCUGGGUAUGGAGCUCCAAGACUUUUCAGACCUGGCAGAGUCUAUGUCACCGGAAGAUGGCAGCUGGCCGGGCUAGGGCUAAGGCCUGCAGGGCCCCUGGAGGCCAUGGCCGGGGCACCCACUGUCACUAUAAGGCCCCCACAGUGGUCUUGCACGUGACUAAGACAGAUUCCUCUCUGGAGAACCCUACACAUCUCUAGCAACACAGGCCUGGCUCCAGGCUGUGGUUGUCCCCUCCUUACCCUGCCCUCCCCCCCUCGGAGACAGCUGACUAACAGCUGUCCAGCUGUCAAGGUCAGAUAGUGAAGGGGGCGGACAGAGGACCAGGGUGGGGAUCCAGUGAGGCUCACAGCUCUAUUCCCUGUGACAGGGAAUGGGACUGGCUGAGUCUCCCCAGGGUCCUAGGAAAGGAGGAGGGGCCAGAAGAGGGCAUGGUCCAGCUCGGCUUUAUUUAAUGAUGUAAUUUAUUGUGGUGUUUCUCUGGAAGCUGUGACUGGAAUAAACUACCCCCUCCCGUGUGGCA